AUGCACAAGGCUGAAAUCUUAGGAGCCGUAUCCGCCAGUACCAAUCUUCUGGAGAACGCCCUUUCGGUAAUCAAGUGCAUACGCAAAGCGCUGAAACGACAGAAAGAUCUCGUCCACGUCUUGAUAUGCCAUGAAGACGAGCUUGAUAGCAUCAAGACUAUCUUGCAGCAGCUUAUCAAGAAAGAGAACUCCGACCUUCACACGGCUAGCCUUGGUGCCGAGCUGAUCCGGAUGCAACAAGUUCAAAAUAAGCUAGCUGUACUUCUCAGCGACUUGGACCCGGGCUCAAAAUCAAAGAUCAACCAAUUCGCGCGCCAACUUCUUGAGGGGUCAGCGGAUGAGAAGAAAUUGAGCAGCAUCAUGGACGAACUCGCACAAAUCAAGGCCUCGAUUUUACUAUGCAUACAGAUGGCCAACGUGGGAUUGAUGCAAGAUAUGAACCGGCAGAUUGUGGCCGAUGCCGCAAAGAUCGAGCGCAUCGAUUCGAACCUCCAGAAGCAGCUUGAACAACUAGAUGAUUACAAGGGACUUCGCAUUGCGCGGCUGAUCAAGGGCCGACGUCCAUCAAACGAUGGUACCGUUCCGCUUACUCGAGCCGAUCUCCAAAGAUUAAGCUCCUCAAAUGACGACUCAGAUAGCGCCUCCGACACUGUCGUCGAUUCUGAUUCCGACACUGACGCCCCUUCCUUCGACAUCCCCAUUAAGAUAGAGCGCAUCAUCCUCCGCAACAUGGCGCUGCAUCAGUCCUGUCAGAUCAACUGCCCCGUGGGCGAAGAUAUUUGGAAGGAUCUGGUUGGUCGGCUGGUAAUCCGAGACAAUGUCGCAAAAGACCAGGCCGCGCAGUUCAACUACGCUAUAUCGCUGGACGCGCUCAAGGUGGUGAUGGAAGCUCACGGGAAAAAUAUCACGGCCGUGUCCGCGUCACAGAGGAGGAACCGGCGAGACAGCGCACAAGAACAAGGAUGCGAUGAAAAAUGCUGGUGA